CCAAACUCUGCCUCUUCCUGCUUUUUUCCCCAAAGGAACUAAUUCCUCACAGUGAAAAAAUAUCAGCCAUUUCAGCGACUGCAUUCACAAAAAUAGUAACGAAAAAUUUCGCGUGGGGGCGACGUCGCUUAGUCGUUAUUGCUUCGGCCGCGUCCUAAGUCAAGCUUGAGGCUGAGACGCGCACGUCGGCGGAAGGUUCGAGCGCGAAAGUCAAAAUGGACACUGCAAUCCGUACCAUGGUUCAGAUAUAUCAGAAAAAUGCCCGUGGACAUGAGAAUCUGGGAAGCGAAGCAUUUCACAGCCUCGUCAGCAGUCAUCUUCCUCAUAUUCUAACGAACACAGAUUGUAAAGAGGCGGUCGAACAAAUGAAACAACAGCUAGACAAAAACAAAGAUGGAAAAAUUAGUUUUGAAGAGUACAUGACACUUAUUGGAACUCUUGCGUGUAUGUUGAGCAGACAGAAGAUGGUACAACUGGAGCAGGAUUAGCAUCAUUUAAGCCAGCAGCACUAUGUUUUGCUUUUCUUUUAAUAAAAUAUUUUGAAACCGCUAUUAUUUUCUGUUUCAACGUAAUGAAAUCCAAUAGGCAGGCACAAAUGACUUAGUUAAUACAACAGUGUUUUAGGGAGUUUGUGCUUGUGUAUUUGCAUUGUACAGAUAAUUCAUUCACAUAAUGAAGUUAAAGUUUUCAUUAUGGUAAUGUUAUAUUCAGUAGAAGGGAAAAUCUGAAAAACAUACUCUUCGUAUCCUUUCUCCCUUACAUGAGAAUGUGCAUUAUGAACUCAAUAUUAAUAAGCAAAUAAAUGUAUUUUAUAGAAUGACAACA